AUGUCUAUGGAUAAAGAAGGACAAGAUAAUAGACCGGCAUUAGAGAAAUACGGUACUGAUUUGACUCAAUUAGCUAAAGAUGGUAAACUAGAUCCAGUGAUUGGUCGUGACGAAGAAAUACGUCGUACGAUACAAAUUUUAUCAAGAAGAACAAAGAACAAUCCUGUAUUAAUCGGUAAUGCUGGAACAGGUAAAACUGCGGUAAUGGAAGGUUUGGCACAGAGAAUAUUGAAGAAUGAAGUUCCUGACAGUAUGAAAGACAAGCAGAUAAUCACAUUAGACUUGUCGGGUAUAAUAGCAGGUGCUAAAUAUAGGGGUGAUUUCGAAGGUAAGUUAAAGCAGAUAUUAAAAGAAGUUGAAGAAAAAAACGGAAAAGUCAUUUUAUUCAUUGAUGAAUUACAUAUUUUAAUGGGAUUGGGUAAGGCCGAAGGUUCAAUUGAUGCUUCAAAUUUAUUGAAACCAGCAUUAGCAAGGGGAAAGCUUUCCCUUUGUGGUGCCACAACUAUUGAGGAAUACCGCAAGUAUGUUGAGAAGGAUGCUGCUCUUGCAAGAAGAUUUUCGGCUGUUACCGUUAACGAACCAACAGUACAAGACACGAUUUCUAUUUUACGUGGUUUGAAAGAACGUUAUGAAGUACAUCAUGGUGUUCGUAUUACUGAUGGGGCCUUAGUGACUUCAGCACUCUAUUCUAGUCGUUAUAUAACUGAUCGUUUCUUGCCAGAUAAGGCUAUUGAUUUAGUUGAUGAAGCAUGUUCUACUUUGAGAUUGCAACAUGAAUCCAAACCGGAUGCAAUUGCUCAAUUGGACCGUCAAAUUAUGACUAUUCAGAUAGAAUUGGAGUCUUUGAGAAAAGAAAAUGAUCAGUUAUCGCUAGACCGCAAAACUAAAUUGGAAGAAGAAUUGAGUGUCAAAAGGGCUGAAUUAACUGAGUUUACUGAGAAAUGGGAAUCGGAAAAAAAGCUGAUAGAUGAUGUUAAGAACGCAAAAUCUGAUUUAGAACAAGCCAAAUUUGAUUUAGAACAGUGCCAAAGAGAAGGCAAUUAUGGUAAGGCUUCUGAAUUACAGUACGCGACAAUUCCUAAACUAGAGGAACAGUUGAAAGAAUUGACCGAGAAUGAAAAAUCUGUUGGAGAAUCUACGUUGUUACAUGAUUCAGUUACCUCUGAUGACAUCGCAAAUGUGAUUUCAAAAAUGACAGGUAUUCCAUUAAGUAAUUUAAUGAAAGGUGAGAAGGAUAAAUUAUUGGAUAUGGAAGCUACAUUAAAAAGUAAAGUCAUUGGUCAAGAUGAAGCAAUAAAUGCGGUUGCUGAUGCUGUAAGAUUGCAGAGGGCGGGUUUAACAAGUGACAAGAGACCUAUUGCUUCAUUUAUAUUCUUGGGACCUACUGGUACAGGUAAAACAGAACUAACGAAAUCAUUAGCGGAGUUUUUAUUUAAUGAUAAAUCUUCAGUUAUUAGGUUUGAUAUGUCAGAAUUUCAAGAGAAGCACACAGUUUCUAGAUUAAUCGGGUCACCCCCUGGGUAUGUUGGCUAUGAAGAAAGUGGUGAAUUAACUGAAGCGGUUAGGAGGAAGCCAUAUUCAGUUGUAUUGUUUGAUGAGUUUGAGAAGGCACACAGUGAUGUAUCAAAAUUAUUAUUACAAGUCCUUGAUGAGGGUUCCUUAACUGAUUCACAUGGUAAACAUAUUGAUUUCCGUAAUACCAUAAUAGUAAUGACUUCAAAUAUUGGUCAGGAGAUAUUGCUAGCGGAUAAGGAUACAAGUGAUGAUGGUCAUAUCAGUGAAAAUACAAAGACACAAGUUAGUGAAAUGCUAAAGCAGUAUUAUCCUCCUGAAUUUUUGAAUCGUCUUGAUGAUGUUUUAAUUUUUAACAGAUUAUCUAGGCAAUCUUUGAAAAAUAUCUUGACCAUCCGUUUGAAAGAAAUUGACGAAAGAUUAGCCAAUAGAAGAAUCAACUUGUCUUUAUCUGGCGAAUCUAAGGAGAAACUCUGCGAAUUAGGUUAUGAUCCAGUAUAUGGUGCCAGACCUUUGAAUAGAGUUUUACAGAAAAAGGUCUUGAACCCUCUUUCCAAAUUGAUGAUAAAAGGUCAAAUCAGGGAAGGUGAGACGAUAUUUGUUGAGUUAAAAGAUGGUGAGAUCUAUGUUAAGCCAAACCACGAGGAAAAUUCCUGA